GUCGCUAUUGUUGACGUAGCCCUAACCGGAAGUAGCAACAGUAAGUGGACGAACGGUAUUAAUAGAACAAAUAUAAUAGAAUUGUUUAAAUAUAAACAAUACAGUUACACAUCAAAAUUAUUAUUAUCAAUAAGUAUUAAGCGAACGAACGGGCUUUCAAUUGCGUUGCUAUCUGCGCUAGCUCGAAUCCAGCUCGUAACGGUUGCUCAAGUUUUGAUUGUGCUUAACCUAGCUUAACCAAGCUAACCGUAAAGAAAAAAAACAUAACGUUUCCCCGUCAAAUUGACCAACAAUGGACAGUUUGGAAACUCCAUACGAAGACGACUCGGCGACGGAUUUCAUCGAGUGCACGGUGUGCGACAAAUCCGCAAGGGGCCUGAGUUUGUAUAAGAUACACCUGACGACGCAGGGACAUUUAAAGAAAGAGGAAGCCGUUGUUGCCGCGGGCGGCGGUGUCCGAGAACGCAGCGUUCCGAUGUUUAAGGACAUUUUACACUACCUGGAUUACCUGAAGCUGGACGAGCCCAUCAUCGGCUUGAACUAUGUGGAGGAAGUGUACAGACACACGCCCAAUUCCGACCUGGGGCCCAAGUACACGUGCAUCCUGUGCAACACCACCGCGCACCUGCCUGAAAUAGUCAGUCACAUCAUUGGGCGGAAACACAGGCAGAAAUACAUGGAGUCCAAGCGUCCAGACCUGGUGACGUGGGACAAGGACUCUUUGAUGGCGCAAGGGGGGAAGAUGAUACGCACCCGAGCUGAGAUCAUAGAGAGGCAGGAUGGACGCGGACAUCCCGUGCUCUUGAAGAAAUGGGACAACGUGGGGCAAGAAAUGUCAGCGCCCCCAAGACCAAGGCAGAACGGCAACCCGCAGAACCCCCAGGCUUUGUUCCAACUGGAUCUCCCGCAGGGUCCACCCAAGCGCCAGGACUUCCCGGAGUCGCAGCACGGGAUGUUGCCCCCGGACCACUCUCACAGGACUUCCUUCCCCCCAGCUGAAGCCCGCGGGCCCGACGCCGAGAGACGCAUGUACCAGGAGGACGACUGGCAGAGGGACCUCAGCAGGCGACGGGACCUGGAUUACCGUCAGCAGGAAUCGCAGACAAGAGGCGUGGACCCCAGGGAGCAGGUGCCCUAUGGCGGGUGGUCCCAACGGUACCCAGACGAGGCCCCUCCUUACAGACGGACCCCGCUGGAGACGAACACGAAGGAGGAUGUAAAGCAUAUGAGUUCCUCUGACUACCAGCAUCCCAGCUAUCAAGAAGAUGAGCACCGCUGGUCACAUGACCCAAGCGUGAACACCAUCGGGGAUCGAUUGAGGCUGGGCUCCAGCAUUCCGGAGCCCCCCGCGGGGAACCUUCCCUCGCUUCCGCACAUGGAAACGCCACGCCGACAGGUCAGAGAUUACAAACACGGCGAAGUCCGUCAAGGUGAGCUGCUUUCCAACUCCGCGCCGUCGGGCUGGAGUGGCCCCGCCCAGACGCCGAGAGAGGAUUCCCGGAGCAUCUCGGACAUCCCGGAGCCUUUCAGGCGCUUUAUGAAGUGGCCCGGCGACAACGACGAUGGCGGUGGCGGUGAGGCGUGCGGCAAAAGAAAGAGGAAGAGUCGCUUCACAGACGCCACGGCUGAGGAAGUGGAAGUGGCGCACAAGAUUUUGAACACCGGCUAUGGGCCCCCAGACCCCCAGCUGAGAGCUCAUUCCAGGCCAGGUGGCAGAGCGUUUGAAGCCGAGACCCGCGGUCCCAUGCGGCGUCCCGACCGCUUCUUGGAAUCACAGGACUCGGGUCACUCUGACAGCCUCCAGAAUGACGGCGCUGAGAAGGAAACCGUCUUCGAUAUGCUGAACGACAUUGAAAUUGAGAACGUGGAAGAAGCCACUUUCCUCAAGAACAAACUGACCAGCCUUCUGAAAGAAUUCAAGGCUUUAAAAUCAAAGAAAAAUGAGCAAAAGAGUCCAACUCCGCAGAUGUCCACACAGCUCCAGCACAGGAGGACGCCUUGGGGAGACUCCGACUUCAGACGCACAGAGGAAGACAACCGGGAACGAGGGUGGAGGACGCACGAGACGAACGUGCACGACGGGCAGCAAGACUACCAGCAUCGUAUGCGCGGCGAGCCCACUGCCUCCGGCAGAAGCCGCUAUGACGACGUUUCCGUCUCCCGUGAGAUGUACCCAACACGUCAUCCGGACGAGCUAGCGCAGCAUCCCCAGCGUUUCCAGGAAAACACCGCGGCGCACCAUGACCGCCGACCUGUCUCCCAGGGGUAUUUUGACCAGCGCCCGCCGCUGCCUCACGACAUGGAACGAGGAGUCUUGAUGAACCGUGGCCCUCAGUACUCCAAGAGCCUAGAAAAACUCACCUCCACUCUCCUGGAGCUAGUGUCAAGAAAACAGCAGGAGAAGUAGUAGUACACCAAAUUGUACGUACUAAAUGGUAUAAAUGGCAUCUACCAUCAUGUUUUUGUCUUGCUUAAGCAGCUCGUUUGUUGUUUGUGACAAAGGUUUCUUGAAGACUGAAAAAAAUUAAAUAAAUAUUUCCCAUGGCAGCUAUUGUUCAUG